AUGGAGCGACCAGGAGUGGACAUGCCCCACGUAGAGUUCAAGGACCAGGAGCCGCAGGCGAUGGGGGAGCACCAGCAAGGCCAGGAGCACGGCGAAGAGGAAGCUGGUGGAGGGUCAGCUAGUGCCAACCGCCAGCUGCCCGCGCUGGAAGGGAAGCCAGUACCCUACUUCUCCUCUCUGGAGUCAAGCAUUGAUAUCCUGAAGAAAAGAGCCCAGGAACUGAUCGAAAACAUCAACGAGAGCAGGCAAAAGGAUCAUGCACUCAUGACCAACUUCAGGGACAGCCUCAAGAUCAAGGUCACCGAUCUGACAGAGAAGUUAGAGGAGAGAAUGUACCAGGUUUACAACCAUCACAGCAGGAUCAUCCAGGAGAGGCUCCAAGAGUUCACCCAGAAAAUGGCAAAGAUCAGCAAUCUGGAAACAGAGCUCAAAGAAGUCUGCCACACUGUAGAGUCCGUGUACAAAGACCUGUGCGUCCAGCCUGAGGUGGGAGUGACAUCCUCACAGGGUGGGGCUGGGGGCUGUCCUGAGGAAGGGGAGUGAAUGCGGACAGGAAUCCACUGCCCAGCCCUAACAACAGGGCCACACGCCCUACAGAACCCUGUGGCCCCCAAAACAGUGUGUCCAAGCUGAGAAACCAAACCACUGUCAUUUCUCAUCACUGUGUGGCUACAGAAAGGACAAAGUGUAAUCCUACCAGUCAGCAACUGUUCCCUCUUACCCACAGCGCUGAGCCCUGCAGCCUGGCAUAUGCCCUGGGGCCUAGGAAGUGCCUCAUCCAAGUUUAUUGAUUACAGCAGAGCCCAGACUCAGAAAUGGGCCAGGCCACUCCAGUGCAAGGUCCCUGCCCUGUUCUAACAAU